UGGUCCAUCUGUUCAUACGGAAGUCAGUACUAUGACCAUCGAAAGGAAAAUUCGUCUUCUCGUAGCCCUUUUAUUUUUAAUUUUUCUUCAAAAAAUUUGGGCCAUUGUGGAAAAGGCCAAAAAUAAUGGUGACAUAUACAUAGUAAGUGAGGAGACAUUUCUUCGCAAUCAUCAUGGUUUGAUACCAAAGGAAUCUACUACCACUGAACCAACGGAGAGCAGUACCAAUAGAAAUGUGAAUCCCGAUUUAAUUGAUUUUAAUGCGGUCAUUUCCAUGUGUAAUUCGAGUUUUUCAAUACCUAUGGAUUACUAUAUCACAUUUAAUACUACGGCGGAACUACCAAAUGUGGAGGAUAAAACGGGAAUGUGUUUUAUUCGCUGUUUUUAUGAAAAGUCGCGAAUUCUGGAGAAUUGGCAAUUAAAUAGAACCAGAAUCCAAAUGAAUAUUUGGCCAGCAACUGGCGAUACUAUAGAGGUGUGUCAAAAUGAAGGUGCCAAAGAAAAGAAUCCCUGUGUACGAGCGUAUGCUAUAGGAAAAUGCCUGACCAUUCGAGCCCUAGUUGAUGCACCAAGUAAACCUAAUUAAUAUAUUGAAGUUCUAAACAUUAAUUUAUUCUCAUUAAGCCUCCAAGAAACAUUUAAUACCUCUAGCUUCUGAAAAACUUGAACAAAAUAAAUGGAAUCAAAUAAAUAUAU